ACUGGCUUGAUAAGAAUUUUAUUUUUAUCCACCGUAUCGAAUGUUGAUACGUUUUUCCUUACUAGCCAGGGGGAAGGAAUCUCUAUCCCGAAGCGAAAUCGAGAGCACUGGGAGGGGGGAAGCAGAACUAGAAGGAAAGGACGGGGGGGAAGGGUGCGGGUGUGUCAGCUAGUCAGUUUCAGGUAGCCACUGGGGUCCUGGUUGUUUCGAUGAGAUUCGAGACGCGGCCGCUCUGCUCUUGGCCAAAUUAUAUAUUUGCGGAGCUCUUGCGGAUAAUUCUGGCUAUGGAGCGGCAUUUAACUUGGCAAGCCGCUGGCUGCCGAUCUUAUUUUUCCGCAGGUGUGGGCCGUUUUGUGGAUCUUUGCUUGUGCGUUUAUUUUGAGAACUAUGCGCGUUUGAAGAUCAUGGCGCGCUUCAUAUUUUCCGCGGCGGGACUUUCUCGGAAGCUUGGCCGGAGCUUUUGCGUAGAAAGAUCGGGAGGGCGUUCGCGCCGCCUCCUUCUCUAUGUGCGAACAGAUUCCGGCGGCCAUUUUCUCCCGUGUUUUCUUGUGUCUGUUGCGGGGCCUGUUUCUCUAUCUGCGAACAGUUUGAAAACCACGCAGAAGCGACGAGGCAAACGGCGGAACACAACGAGGCGGGGAGGCCAGACCUUCGGGACAAGGAAGAUAGAGACGGGAAAGAGUGGAAAGACGAAAAAGGCGGGAAAAACUGAACAGACUGCGAGAACUGGGAGGGCUAGGGAAGCCUGUAAGAAAGACUGGGGCGGCUGAGGGGGCUGAGAAGCUCAAAAGGCGAAUGAGGUUCGAAAGGUUGGGCAAACUGGAGAAGCCGGGAAGGCUGAAAACCUGGGAAGGCGGGGAAACGAAAGCGAGCAAGCCUGGAAGCGAAGGCGCUGACUUGCUGAGAGGCCUCGGCGUCGCUUUUGCCUAGAGCUGGAGGGCGUUCGCGCCGCCUCCCUCUCUAUGUGCGAACAGAUUCCGGAAGCUGUUCCGCGUUUCUCUUUGUUGCGGCGGCUGUUUUUCUGUCAUAGAACUGCUAAGGCAACCGAGAGGCCAGCAGCUCCAUGGAAAAGUCCGGCGGCCGCAGAGCCCAAAGGAGGCGCGGCGGGGCCCCGUUGCUGCAGCUUCGCAGCUUCAGCAGGCAGAUUGGCUGGCGCGCCUGAAACAGCUGUGGCAGCUCGAUAAGUAAGCGGAGCAGGCAGGAAAAGCCCGGGGUAGCUACAAAACCGGCUGUAGGUAGUUAAAGGACCGGCUUUAGUUAACAAGGCGGGUGGAGCUAACGAGCCGGGUUUAGCUAACAAGCCGGCUUUGGGUAAAAAACCGGCUUUAGCUAAAAAAUCGGCUUCAGCUAAAAAACCGGCUUCCGCUAAAAAAGAAACCGGCCGCGGCUAACAAACCGGCUUCAGCUAAAAAGCCGGCUUGGGCUUUAGCUAGAAAACCGGUCUUAGCUAAAAGAGCCGGGAACGAAGCUGGGAGGCCGACAGGCUGGGAGGUGGACAGGCUUGCUGGGAAGGUGGGGGGCUUGGGGGCUUGGAGGGCCAAAGGCUAAAAACGGAGAAGCGAAAACGAAAAAGCCAGGAGGCAGACAGGCUGGGAAGCGAGCAAGCUUGGAAGCGAAGGCGCUGACUUGCCGGGAGGCCUCGGCGUAGAAUUUGCGUGCCUAGAGCGGGAGGGCGUUCGCGCCGCCUUUCUCUAUGUGCGAACAGACUCGGGAAGCUGUUCCGCCUUUCUCUUUAUUGCGGCGGCUGUUUUUCUGUCCUAGAACUGCUAGGGCAACCGAGAGGCCAGCAGCUCCAUGGAAAAGCCCAGCGGCCGCAGAGCCCAAAGGAGGCGCGGCGGGGCCCCCGUGCUGCAGCUUCAGCAGCUAGACUGGCUGGCGCGCCUGAAACAACUGCGGCAGCUCUACAAAACCGGUUUUAGCUAAAGGAACGGCUCGAGCUAACAAGCCGGGUCUAGCUAACAAGCCGGGUUUAGCUAACAAGCCGGCUUCAGCUAAAAAAUCGGCUUCAGCUAAAAAACCGGCUUCCGCUAAAGAAGAAACCGGCGUGCUCAGCUAAACGACCGGCGUCAGCUACAGUGUCGGCGUCAGCUACAGCGAAAAGAACCGGGAAGCCGGGAAGCCGGGAAGCCGGGAAGCCGGGAAGCCGGGAAGCCGGGAAACCGGGAAGCCGGGAAGCCGGGAAACCGGGAAGCCGGGAAACCGGGAAACCCUGGAGUGGUUUCGGGUAAGGGUAUCGCUGGAGUGGUUUCGGGUAAGGGUACGCGGGGAGUGAUAAAGUGCUUCACGAUUUCAGUAUUUUCGGGCAAUUUCUACCUUUCCCGGGUCUAUAUAUAUUGAAUGCACCAAAUUUAUUUCAUAAGUAUUUUUUUUGUCGGGAAUACAGUGAACUUAUUUUUAAAUGAGCAUAAAAAUUUUUGCACGAGCUGUAGCUUCGUGAAUGCAGCCCUGUUGCAUGUCUGAUUUGAAACAAAUUUUGCUAAAAAAUGAACCACUAGUUCUAGGACUUUCAAUGAUCUGAUAUAAGUAUUGCUUUUACUUUUUGCAUAAACUCGAAAACUAGUACCCUUUUUGUCUGACAAAACGAAUUUGGUUGAGUUCUACUUAGAUUUACCACUGAUACGGUAGCUUCAUCUCGUACCUUGUCAGGGUCGAUGGAUUAUCCGAGUGGAUGAAAUGCAUAAGUAAUUGAGUGGUCUGAAUCACUUUCAAAUAAUUUAUUUUGUCUUAUGUUGGGUCAUCUCACCAGCAUUUAAAUCAUGUUAGUUUGUGCACCUAUCACCAGCACUGGGGCCCAAUGUUUCGCCACCAGCACUGAACAUCAAUUUGUUCCGUCGU